UUCAGUUUUUCUGUCAACGCAAGAUAGAGUAGACGUAUUGAGCGUCCGCAUAUUGGCGUAAUUAACUUCGAUACAAAAAUAUUAUUCGGUAGUAAAAUCGUAAAUAAAACGUUUUGUAUAACUAAAAGUUAAUUUAGUUUGCUGUCGCCAUUCAGUGUGAUAUCGCUUUCUAAGCGAGUAAUGCGUACAGCGCCGUGUCCUACAUUAAAAACAUAGGUUACCGAAAGAAAGUUUUAAGUUUAUUUUUUUGUGUGUAAUGUGAAAAUGUUGAAGAUGGGUGCUUUGAAGGUGGAAGUAGUGUUGUUACUGAACUUGUUGUUGGUAAGCGGAGACGUGUAUAAUAACGAAGUGAGUGAGCAUUCUCUGGAGUUGACUCAGUCCUUGAACUUGGCGCGGCAAGAGCUGAUUCAAGAGACGUGCAGACAUUUCCCUCCGAAGCACGGCUUGGACGAGCUUCCACCGAGCCAACUGGAGCAUAUCUUAAUAAACGAAGAGCACAAACUUCUGUACUGCUAUGUGCCAAAGGUGGCCUGCACAAAUUGGAAGAGAAUCCUUAUGAUGUUAUCUGGCAAAUGGAAUGGCACAGAUGUGUUGUCCAUUACAGCCAGUAUAGCUCAUACUCCUGGACUGUUCCGGGAUUUGAGCAAUGUGAGCAAAGCAGAGAGGGAUUACAUGCUGGAGAAUUACAACAAGAUGAUCAUUGUCCGGAAUCCAUUUGAAAGGCUGCUGUCUGCUUUUAGAAAUAAAUUGGAGGGUGAUACAUUGAGUGCCAGAUAUUUUCAGGACCGCAUAGGAAGACGCAUCAUAAAGGCCUACCGCGAGAACCCAUCAAAUGAGUCUCUGGAGUACGGCCGUGACGUGACCUUCAAGGAGUUCGCGCUGUUCCUCACCAACCGGUCGGAGGAGAUGGCUGAUGUCGUGAACAACGAACAUUGGCAGCCCAUUACGAAUCUGUGCCAUCCUUGCCUGAUCAAGUACACAUUAGUCGGUAAAUACGAGACCUUGCUCGACGACUCGACAUUAGCGCUGCAUACGAUCAACGCAUCCCACAUCCAGUUCCCGCGACUGGACCAUACUUCGGGCACCGCAGAGAAGCUGCACAGGUACUUCUCCCAACUCGACCUGCCGCUCAUCAGGCGACUGUACAAACUGUACAAACACGACUACAGGAUAUUCAACUACAAUCUUGACAAUAUUGUAGGUUUUGACCUAGGUUAAGUCUAGAAAAUUUAUUACUGGGUGUGCCUAAGCCUUUAGAGCUAAAUUCCGACUCGGGGUGACAGCGUACGAUUGACUUAUUACGACCUGGGGCCUUAGUCUGCUAUUACAAUAGUGUCAGAAUGGUCGAUCAUUGAGCAGUGCAAGAGGGAAGGAGCUAUACAACCUACAUAGCUCCGUCCCUGUUGUUCGGUCAAUUCAGUCAUACGACAAGUCCUAAUGGACUUAGUUCGGUCAAGUGAGAAUGUUUUUUACAGGUUUUGACUUGAUUCUCAUGUGAUCUAAUUUUUGAAGAGAUCCAGGAUUGAUUUGUUCCUUUUUGUGUCCUGGGUGUUUUUGAAAUAUAAGAUUUAUUCUUAGGAAAGAUUGUUUUUAUUGUAAUUUUAGUGAGUGAAAUUCGUAUGUAAGUUUAUUUUAUAGUUGCUUGUUUUCGUUCCUGUUUUAAAUAAACUACCAUGUUACAUAUAGAGUACUGCUAUAGAGAAAGUGCAGUGCUUAGUUUUUAGCCUAACAUUUUAGUCAGAUGUGGCGAGCCAUGGUAAUGUUUACCUUAUUUUCUUGUAAUUUACGUUUAAGUUUGUUCGGAUUGUGUAGUGAAUCCGUUACGCUCUUGCCCCGGUCGAUAAACGCCAGAAUAAAAAUGUAAAUGAUAAUUAAAUACGGUAAGUAAGCUAUGUAAAUAAAUUAUAAUACCUACAUAUUUAUAAAUGCACUAUUAAAGCAUUGUGUUGUAUAUUUUAGAUUUAACUGUGUGUGUACUGAAAAGAGAUCUGAAUCAGGGCAUAGUGGAAUUUGUCCUAAAUACAUUUAAUUAAAAUUAAUAUCUUCUAGUUUCACGACCGAAUUGAAAUAAAUUCACGUUAGAUGACGAUAACCAUGUUUGAUAUUGGUAUCUAUAGUACAACAUACUUAUCUAAAGCAGUAAUAUUUUACAUCCGUAUGUUUUCAAAGCAAUGAAAUAUCCAUUUAAUUUUGUCUUUUCGUGAAUUUUGAUAAAUAUAUAUUAGUGUUAUAAGUUAUCUUUAUAUGGAUAUUACAGCGAUAUUAUAUUUGAUUAUUAAUAUUGUCGCAAUUAUCCGAGUGUUUUGUAAAACUCAGUUGCACAUGAUAUGUAAGCAUAUGCGUUAAUAUAUUGUAUACUUCAUUGAAAAUUAAAGUAUCAAUGUUUUAACGAUACCAGUUGGGGGUAAUGAAUCGCGCAUAAUUUAUAUCUAGUCCAUAAUUUAGGACUCAAAUAGACGUAGGACAUCUAGUAGAUAUUGAAUUAAACAAAAGAAUGCAUAUAACGAGCGUAAAUGUGAUGGUACUUAAAGAAGUGUAUACGAAAUCUUUUAACAGUCGGCAGGCAAAUCAACCUAUUUUAAUCUGUCAAUUCAGUUGUUUUUAUUGAAUUUUGGACUUUGUGUCAAAAUAAUGAAGUUGAAUAACUAAUAAAGGAAUAAUGGAUAAGCUUGCUUGUCGUGUGCACAUAAAUAAGUACUUUUUUAGUGAGCAAGGUUUAAAGUUAGGACAUUGUGUCCGCAACAGACGAAAAUUCUUUGAAUGUGCAGAACCUUAACGUAAAAUUGUAUUUUAAGGAUGUUAUUUACCUAUUCAACCUCGUUUUUGUCUUUUUUUCUAGUUUUGACCAUAAAUUAUGCUUGAUGUAUACUACAAGCAGUAUGCAAAAGCCUAAUCUAAUUUAUAUCAAUUUGACUUAGUUUUUACUUUAUCGGGUGUACUUUGUAACGUCUAACAUUAUUAUUUUAUGCCAAAUAACCUAAUGAACGCUGAUGAUUUCCUAAUUCUGUCACAUCACAACCAACUCAAAAACAGCUGAACCAAUUUUAAUGAAUUUUAGUUUAUCGGAUUAGUGUUUGCUCCGAAUUGUGGGCUAAUAAGUACAACCUAAAUUGUGUAAAACACGUUAUUAAUAAACAGGACAAAAUUCACAAAAAUACAAAAUUUUAAUGAAGUUAGGUCCCAAAAAUUGACUUUAUCGCUUAUUUUAAUUUUAAUGAAUAGUAUCAGCGUUCGUUAGGUUAAAAGGGAGAUAUUAUUAUUGAUUAUUAAUAAUAAAUAGUUUAAUAACAUUCCACAAUGAUAUUCCAAAGCUCCCUGUGAUAAGUUCCGUUGUAAUUUAAUUAAUAUUUGAUAAAGAUUAUUUUAAUGACAUAGUUAUAUUUUGAUAAGGACAGUAAUAUCACAAUUAUCACAAACUUUCCUUUAAUUUAGUAAUUGUUUAUAGUUUUAAUGAGAAAUAUUGAUUUUUAAUUAAUGUUUUUUUUUUAAAUAUUGUUUUCGAUACUGAUCAUAUGUUGUAAGUAUUAUCGUGUAUACUGUUUUAUUUUAGCUCUCAUAUUGUUUCAACUUUUGUUUCGUAGAUAGAAUCUAUGUAUACUUUAUAUUAUUUUUUAACUCACAACUUAACAACAGAUAAUUUUGUCACGUGACUGGGUUCAGGUAAAAUAUUUUUGGGGUACAAUUCAAAAUCGCUUUUUAGCACGAAGUCUGCUCUAAGUGCAUUAAAUGGUGUUACGUUAAUGUUGUUAACUAAGUGAUAAAUAGGUACUUACAUAACGCAACACUUCCCAACAACCAAAACAUUUUUUAUCAAAAUAUUCUUAUUAUCAUGUGUUUAUAGGUCAAAGGCAGUUGCAUUCUAGUGAUAAUAACUUUGUAUCUACUUGUUAACAUGACAUUACACUCCGUUUUACUGCAAGAGGUCGUCAUCAUACAGUACCUAUUAGCAGUUUUAUAUUUUAUAGAAAUACGCCGUAAUUAAUUGGCUAUUAACCAUUUAUAUUUUUGAAUAAAACCUUUUACAUAUUUUUACCUGAACUCGGACAGUAUUCUCAACAAUACCUGGUUUUCAAGAUACAUUUUAGUGUCUGGCCACAUUAUUAGACGCACUCUUAGUUUUUAAUUAUGUAAUUAAUUUGAUUUGUUCACACUGUAUAACGUAAUAUAUUAAGUAUGAAUAUGAAUUGAUUAACAGUGUAAUUCCAUAUUUGAAAAGUAAAUACAAAUCCAAAAAACCUGAAUAAAAGUAUAUCACAUAGGUAUGUUAAUAAACUAAAGAGUUUGAAUGUGAUAUAUGGAUAUAUUGCUAAUCAAUUGCUUUCAAUUGCAUACUAAAAAACCAAGAGUGCCUCUAAUGUGGCCAGGGAUUGUAGUGGUAAGAAUAUGUAAAUAAAUAAAGAGACAACUGUUCAGUGCCAAUUGUCAAAAUUAAAUAUCACUCUGAAAUGUCCCAACUUUAUUAGAUCUAUUAAAUAAAUUAAUAAAUAACAUUAAAGUUUGACAUUUGGCCCUGAACACGAACGAAAUUUUACAUAAUCUUUAUAUUUAUUUAUAUCUACUAUGCAAUAUUUUAUUUACUCUGCAAUUUUAUCUAUAUACUGUGUUCUUGUAUCCUUGCUAUAUCUUGUAUUCACUUCCGUAGUUUUACUAUUAAAAAUGGUGCUAAAAGAUGCCUUAUUCUAUUGUAAUAAAGUCUUAAAUUAAUUUGAUAUUGUUCAAAUAUUUAUAGUUAAAUUGUUGUUUAACAAGAUUGUCAAACGUUUAUUUCCGUGUUUAUUGAUUUUUAAUGAUAAUGACAUCAUUACUAAAAGUGAUGAUAUUCUUGAUGUAAUCAGAAUAUUAUUUUAGAUUCAAAUGCAAUUUAGAAUUUAUUUGGAAAUACAAUAUUUAAAUCUA